UCGACGUUAGAUGACAGCGACUAGCUGAGCUUUCAGAGAAAUAAAGCAGUCGCCGCCGGGUUGGGGGGGAAUAGGCUGCGUUUUGUGAUAUUUGUGUAGCUAACUAGGUAGUUAGUUAAUGUUUCUCACUAUAUUUGGUGUUAAAGGCUCUGUCUGUGAGGAGAGAUACCGGAUAAAGGGUUUCCAGGAUAGCUGUUCAUACUAGUUAUCAACCCAUAACAGGAGCCAGCAGCAGCAGCAGCAGCAGUCAGUCAGUCACACCCUUGUCUGGGGGUUUAGUGAAGGAACCCCGUCUGUGCAGCAGCUUUAAAUAGCUAUCCUUCACAUGUUACAGUGUUUUAUACUUAUUAAUGUUAGCCCCAGCCUUUUGAAUGGGAGUAUUGUGAGUUAAAACUGGAUAUGACUGACUCAUCAUCAUGGCACGGACAGAGGAGAUAACCCUGAACUGGUCUGUCUGCUGCAGUGACAACCAGACAGCAUCAUAACUAGCUCAGACAGCUAAGUUAUUACAUUUUAUUAUUAUAGACUCCCCCACUCGGCAGUGGCAUUAUGAAUACCCCGAUGUACACAUUUGUCACGCGUGACGACAACAGCACUGUUUAUGCAGAAGUUUCCAAAAUCCUCCUCUCGACUGGACAAUGGAAGAGGCUGAAAAGAGACAAUCCCAGGUUCAACUUAAUGCUUGGUGAACGGAACAGACUGCCCUUUGGACGUCUGGGUCAUGAACCAGGACUGGUGCAGCUGGUGAAUUACUACAGAGGAGCAGACAAGCUUUGCAGAAAGGCAUCCUUGGUCAAGCUAAUAAAGACCAGCCCAGAGCUGUCCGACUCCUGUAACUGGCUUCCAGAGUCCUACAUCAUCUAUCCUACUAACCUCAACACCCCUGUUGCUCCAGCUACGAAUGGCAUUAGCCAUCUGAAGAACAAUCCCAAGACGGAUGAGCGAGAAGUCUUCUUGGCCUCCUAUCACUUGAAAAAAGAAAGUGGGGAGGGCACAGUGUGGAUAGCCAAGUCUUCUGCUGGAGCUAAAGGUGCUGGUAUUUUGAUAUCCCAUGAUGCUAAUCAGCUGCUGGAGUACAUUGAUAAUCAGGGACAGGUUCAUGUUAUUCAGAAGUACCUGGAGAAACCUCUGCUUCUGCAGCCGGGACAUCGGAAGUUUGACAUCAGGAGCUGGGUGCUUGUGGACCAUCAGUACAAUAUCUAUUUAUACCGGGAGGGUGUGCUGCGGACGUCCUCGGAGCCCUACAACAGCUCCGACCUCCAGGAUAUGACCAGCCACCUGACCAACCACUGCAUCCAGAAGGAGCACUCCCACAACUACGGACGAUACGAGGAGGGGAACGAGAUGUUCUUCGAUGAGUUCAGGCUGUACCUGCUCAACACUCACAACGUCGUCCUGGAGACCACCAUAUUACCUCAGAUCAAGCAGGUCAUAAAGAGCUGUCUAACGUGUAUUGAGCCGACAAUCAGCACCAAGCACCUGUCCUACCAGAGCUUCCAACUCUUUGGAUUUGAUUUCAUGGUGGACGAGAGCUUCAAAGUGUGGCUCAUUGAGAUCAACGGAGCUCCAGCCUGUGCACAGAAACUAUAUGCAGAGCUAUGUCAAGGUAUCGUGGAUGUGGCCGUUUCCAGCGUCUUCACCCUGAACAGUGGCGGUGACUCCUCUUCUGCUUCCUCUUCACCUUAUUCUUCCUCUCCUUCCUCCACGUUCACCACCAACUCCUGCUCCUCUCCCAAACUGAGAGGGCCUCUUCACGUGGGCCCUUUCACUAGACUGUAAGUGUACACACACACACACAGAUAUCCCUCUCGUCUCCUCCGUACAGCUUCUUCAUGCUCUGUCCUCACUCCUGAACUCUACCUGAGAAGUAGCACAUGCCAGCGAGCCCAGCCUUUAAUUGUACCUUGCCUGUCACGCCUGGAGGGAGUCUCUCUUUCUAUGGAGAUCACAGAGCUGCAGAAGCUGCUCUCCUGAUUAUGCAUAUUAUGAAUGUGAGGAUGGUGAUGAAUGGAUGGACAAACUUUCUGAGAGUUUCUGAAUUGAGGACAGACGUCCCUCCAUCUCAGUCCCAUCAUCAGUUUCUCCGCAAGCAGAGUAAUGGAGGUCUGAAGGAUGCAGAGACGCUCCCACUGAGACUGUAGUGCCUUACAUUUCCAGCCACGCUCCCUUAAAAAGACUGCCAGUUA